AUGAACGGUAGUAUACUUAAUGUCAAUAAAACUGUACCUGUAGAUGAAUCUAUAAUUAACUCUGAAUAUCAUACACACCUUCCAUAUUCAGCUACAUCUUUAGACAAUAAUGAUGAGAUUAGAAUACCAAUUCAAUCACAAAAUAUUUAUACAUAUCCCAGCGAGAGUUAUAUAAUUUUGGAGGGAAAUUUGAUAUCACAAGAAAAAGGCCAUUACAGUACGAAACUCAGUUUUAUCAAUAAUGGAUUUCUUCAUUUAUUUGAAGAAUGUAGAUAUGAACUUGGAGGAACAAUAAUUGCGCGUUCUAGAUUUCCUGGAAUCACAUCAACAUUAAAAGGAUAUGCAUCAUUUACUCCCAAUGAUUGUAUUAAAAAUGCCAAUUCUGGUUGGUCCAUAACGGAGCAUCCUAAAAUUGUUGAACCGACAACGGGUUAUUUUAACGUUUGCAUUCCACUGAAACAAAUUUUAGGCUUUGGAGAAGAUUUUAAAAAAAUUAUUAUUAAUUUACAGCAGGAACUCGUAUUGGUUCGCAGUCAUACUGAUUUUAACGCAACUAUAACGACAGAUGGUGCUACUGAUACUCCAAAAGUUAAAAUUACAAAAAUUAUGUGGAAAGUACCUCAUAUAUCUGUUUCUGAUGAACAAAAAUUGGUAUUAUUACAACACUUGGAAAUGCAAAAUAAUUUGGAAAUUUCAUUCAGAAAUUGGUCUUUACAAAAGUUACCAGUUCUACCAAAAACAAAAUCUUACGAUUGGACCAUCAUGACAGUUAAACAAAGCGAAGUGCCUCGAUACAUGAUUGUAGGUUUUCAGACAGAUAGAGAAAAUAGUAAAACACGAGAUAAUAGCGAUUUUGAUCAUUGUAAUUUGACUAAUUUAAAAGUGUAUUUGAAUUCUGAGGUUUAUCCAUAUGAUAAUUUAAAUAUUGAUUUUAAAAAGAAACACUAUGCCAUUGCUUAUGAAAUGUAUGCAAGGUUUCAAGAAUCAUAUUAUUUUCAAGGUAAAAGCGAACCUUGCUUAUCCUUAACCAAUUUCAUACAAAAAGCACCGAUAUUCAUCAUAGAUUGUAGUCACCAAAACGAAGCAGUAAAAGGUGGUGCUAUAGAUGUGCGAUUAGAACUAGAAUCAUCAGAAAACUUUCCAGACAACACUUCAGUAUACUGUUUAAUAAUUCAUGAUCGUACUGUUAUCUACAAUCCAUUAUCAAAUUUAGUAAAAGUGCAAUAA